AGGUAAUCGUUAUGUCCUCACUUUUAACCCACUCCUGCACUUGGUAACUAACAGCUGCUGGGAAGGAAUGUGGCUCCGCCCAUUCUUAGUGAGCGACCCUGAAGGCCCAUCUAGACCACGCCCUGUAUGUUGGAAUGUCCAAUCCUGAGUGCACAACCGUUAGUGUCGCUCGGAUUGUAGGACUAGGAAAAGGAAAGAAGGUGAGCGGAGCAGCGGGAGCUGGACAGUCCAGGCGUCAAGAGACUUGUUUAUCAAUAUGGGAGAAAUAGAGGGCUCUUACCGAGAACUGCAGACGCCAGGGGUCCGUUUGGGAGCACAAAGGAACACUGGAAUUAGUACUCUGGAACCUGGACAGAACCUCAGUACUGCACUGUCGUCUUCACCGCCAAAGACUCUGAAUCAUGAGCAGCGCUCGUCGGUGCUGCUGCUGGAUGGCAGUGCGCUUCCUGUGGAAAUAGGGGCCAAGACUACAGGUCAAGUAUUACUGAGCCAAGUGUUCGCUCAUCUCAACGUAGUGGAGACAGACUAUUUCGGCAUUGAAUUCCAGAUUGCACCGUCGCAAUGGGUAUGGUUGGAGCCUUUGAAGUUUGUUACCAAGCAGUUACGUAAACCAAGAAAUGCCAAACUCCGCCUCGCUGUUAAGUUUUUUCCUCCGGACCCUGGUCAGCUGCUGGAAGAGUUCACCAGGUACCUGUUUGCUCUGCAGAUAAAACGAGAUAUUGCUGAGGAGCGACUGGUUUGUAGUGAUAAUACUACAGCUCUGCUUAUAUCUUUUUUAAUGCAAUCGGAAAUUGGGGAUUUUGAUCAGACUGUGGACCAGGAGCAUUUAAAAAAUACCUACUAUGUACAGCGCCAGCCAAGUUUGGAGGAACGAAUCCUGCAGUACCAUGAGCAGCACCUUGGAAUGUCCCCUGCAGAUGCAGAUUUUCAGAUCCUAGAGAUUUCCCGUCGUCUUGAUCUUUAUGGAACACGAUUUCAUUUGGCAUCUGACAGGGAAGGGGCCAAAAUUAACCUUUCAGUGUCACACAUGGGAGUGCUAGUGUUCCAGGGUAACACAAAAAUUAACACAUUUAACUGGUCCAAGAUAAGGAAACUGAGCUUCAAGAGGAAACGUUUUCUAAUUAAGUUGCAUCCGGAGGUUCAUGGUCCUUAUCAGGAUUCUCUGGAGUUCCUAAUGCACAAUCGAGAUGUGUGCAAGAGAUUCUGGAAGACCUGUGUGGAGUAUCACAGCUUCUUUCGCCUCCAGGAUCAACCCAAGCCCAAAUCCAGGCCGGUUCUGUUGAGUCGGGGCUCCUCUUUCCGCUACAGUGGGCGAACACAAAAGCAGCUGAUGGAUUACAUGCGGGACAACAGCAUGAAGAAACCAACGCAUGAGAGGAGCCACAGCAAAGCCAGAGUGUCCCCUUGCACUGCCAUCCCUGACUCUCCAAAGCAGAAGUUUCAUUUCAUUGAGAGUUUGAGUAUUCCUACAGCACCUUCUCCACCUACACUGUCACUUCAUUCCUUCUCCAUCCCAAGUACCCCAUCCGACCAGAAAAACACAUAUAAAGAUAAUGAUGUCCUAACUUCUCAUCAGCGAGAGGAGCCAGCCAAGAAAAUACAAGAGAAUCUGGGACUUCCGGCUCAGCCUCCAUCACAAGGUCUUAAUCCUAACCCUACCCCUUCAUUAUAUAGUAGACAAGAUUCUGCAGAGAUUAGGGACACAGAAAAUAUCUCACAGGGUGAAAAUGUCAAGAUGUGGGUAUCGGGAUUCUCUGAUUCCCUCCUCCUGACUGAAGAGUUUAUAGAUGAUGACCCAGCUGACAUCUCUUUUGGUGGAGGAGCAGAUCUGUACUCAUAUGAUGGAAGUCUGGAACCAGCAGUGCAUGGCGAUCUCCCUCCUGAUGAUUAUUAUCUUGGUGAAGGUGAUGUAAGGGACUUUAAUGGAAAUCCAAGGCCUACAGAUGCUAGUGAGCUGUUUGAGAUGAAGGCCCAGGCUAGUUUCAUGCAGAGCCUCUUAAAUCCUUCUGAAAACGGCUCCCUUCUCCAUCAUCAUUCAGAGAGCAGCUCUUUACGCAAUCAUCGUUCCGAAAGCAGUUCCCUCUCCAACCUUAAUGGGCUACCAAAUUUCUCACGUUCUGCCAACCACUCCACCGCCAGCUCUAUGAUCAACUUCCCAGCAUGCUCUGUACGUUCUGAGUCAAGCUCUGCCUUCCAGUUUGGUGAUAUCUUAGAUCAACUGGAACAGCUUAGCUACCCUGCAACAACCACUGAAGACUCCAGUAGCUCUGAUGGAGAUUCAUGGGACUCUGGUGAAGAGACACCCCUAGAUAUAAACCUGUUUUUCAGCAACCCUCUGACAAAUUAUCAUGCCAAUCUAAAUCAGUUUGGUUUACUUGAAAAGAGAGAGCCCGCCGAUCUUUAAAACCAGGGAUAAUAAUACAAUAAAAUGAACAGUGCCUGACACACUAAUUUACAUGUAAUUACUAUACAAAAUCUUGCCAAGUCUAAAUCACACAAAAUACUGUUACUUUGAUGGUUUUGAUAUAUUUUUUGGCCUUUCUUCUUCAGUGUUCGGUUCAACGGUAAUAAUUAAUUGUAAUAAUUUUAGGAUCAAUGUAAAGGUUAAAUUAAGUUAGCCCAAGAUGAAAAAUACAGUUUAAUUCAGUAUGGUACGUGUAUAAUCAAAUAAUUCAUUUAGUAGAUAUAUAACUUUAUAGAAAAUUGAAAUGAUUUGUAAUAGAAUCGUUUGGGCAGAUUUUAGUUGGAUUCUUAAAAUAUUUUGUUAUGUUUCUAACUUAACUGCAGCUUCACUUAAAGGAACAUUAAACCCAAAAUGUUUCUUUCAUGAUUCAGAUAGAGAAUACAAUUUUAAACAACUUUCUAAUUUACUUCUAUUAUCUAAUUUGCUUCAUUCUCUUAAUAUUCUUUCCUAAAAAGCAUAUUUAGAUAUGCUCAGUAGCUUCUGAUUGGUGGCUGUACAUAGAUGCCUCAUAUGAUUGGCUCACUUAUGUGCAUAAGGAUAUAUAAAGGAUGAAGCAAAUUAGAUAAUAGAAGUAAAUUGUAAUGUUGUUUAAAAUUGUAUUAUCUGUCUGAAUAAUGAGAGAAAAAUUUUGGGUUUAAUGUCCCUUUAAAUAUGUUACUAUAUGCUUUUUAUUCAACCACAUAAUAUUCCUACACCGCACUCCUACCAAACUUAUCUCUUAUAUGGCUUUUUUCUUAACUUAUUACACAGUAUCACAUUUAACAACUUCCUCUCACAUUCCCUUUUAGGUUUGACACUACACUUGAGCCACACAGAGCCACACUCUAUACUUUACAUACAAACUUACACAUACAUGUAGUGCCGUAUUGCCUUUUUUUUUUUUAUAUGGGAAAAAAACCUGGUAGAAAUUUUACCCAGAAUUGCCGGAAUUGGAACAGCGCUAUUAGUUGGUUUAUAUUGUGGAAAAUGUAUUUUCCAGUACUUGACAUGUUUGUCUCCCUGGUCAUAAUGUGGAGAGUUGCUGAUAAUCCUAAAUGUAUUGACUUUAGUCUACACGUGCAUAAGUUUCUGCACUGUUUGUUACUACAGUUGACAAAGUGUGCACUCCAUUAAUUACAGCUCUGUGAGUUGUGUAAAUGUUUUGUCUGGCAGCACCAGUCAGCAGGAUUUCCUUGACCUGCUCGGACACAAUCCAUUUAUUUAAACACAGCCAGUGUUUCUCCGCUUAAUUGGAAAUAAAUUGCAGUGCAAUACAAAGCUAAUAAUUACUAUAAUAAUUAGCCUCUGAUUUAAUUUUUUUGCAUUUAAUAUGAAAUUAGGUAGCAUUUGUUUUAUUUAGAUAGAAACUGAUACAAAAGAAGUAAACACAUUUCUUUUAAUUGGCUCAUCUGAAUUCUGAAAUGAUGUACAGUAUGUUACUUUAAAAUGUCUAAGAUUCAUUUGAGGUUUGGAUCCUUUCAGUGCCAUUAUAAUGAAAUAGAAUCAUUACAAGUCUAUGAAGACUUCAUGUGUUCUAUUUAUAUUUCCCUUUAGCAUGCUUCCCAUUGAUUUCAAAUGUCUAAAAAGCCUUAAUACAUAAUCUAAGUUCCAGAAAGACUGAUAUGUUUAUGUAUAUGAUCUAUUUCCCAGUCAUACAAAGGCUUUUUUUUCCUCUAGAUUAAACAAUAACAAUGUUAUUGCUUCUUUAUACGACUAGCUGAUUGUAUGACAGUGCUAUGUGAUUGUUCCUAUAACUGUAAUGUGCUGAAGAGUGUACAAAACUACAUACAACUAAUGGACUAGGCUGAUGUUUGCUGCAAGCCAUGUAUGUAAUGUUCUUACAAAUACGUACCCCUGAGGUACAGUGGUUUGGGGCACAACUUGAAUGUCUCAGGUUUUUUUUACUAUAAGUUACGUCUAUGGAUUUAACUUGAUACUUUUCAGUGAAUUUAUUAGCCUGUUAAUAAUCUACCAAUGAAUUUAAGUUACAGGCAUUAUAUUGUAUUAACUUGGCCACUUUAUUCUGUCAUGAAGACACAUUGUUAACUAUAACUCAAUAUGCAGAUUGCUGUUACACAGUGUUCUGUGCAUAGCAUAGAGCAUCAUAAAUACUGCACAUUGCUGAUUGUAAAAGUAGAAAUACUACAGACUCUAGUGGGCUCUUUAACAGUAUUGCACAUGGUGGUGUUUACUAAUUGCCAAUACUUAUAUAGUAUUGGUCUUUUUUAAUGUUUGCAGAUUUUGUGUUUAAACACCAUUAUAAUUGCUGAUUACUAUUACCAUAGUUUACCUCUGCCAUCACUAUACAUUCCUUUUUAUUUGUGCCAUUUGAUAUUGGCAGUGCUACUGGUUUUACUAUAAAAAAAAACUAGUUCAAAGAUGGUUUCAUAGUAGCUCAAUACUUACUGAACUACAUCCUUUGUCUCUGUGGGCCAUUUUGCUUACUUAUUUAAUUUGUUUGGCACAAUGGUUUAUUUGUGCUGCAAGCAGAUUUUCUUUAGCUACAUUGCUGCCAGUCUAGUGUGUAUUAUAUCUGCACACUUUUUUACUUUUUAUCAGCAUACUGUCCCAACAAGUAGAGAUUAGCCUAUAACACUUUAUGCUCUUACCAGAUUUAUUUUACUUCUCAUUUCAUUUUAUCCAAAUCUUAAACAAUUCAUAUGUAUCAUUGUUUACAUAAACAACUAUAAAAAAGAAAUCAUUACGUUACAUGAUAUUUUAUGGUGAUUGCACAUAUCUUGUUCACUUUAUAUAGUCCCAGAGAACAAUGCAUUUAAGGAUUGUUUUGGCUUUUAUGAUUUAUUACUGGUGGGAUAUUCUUUCGCUUUGAGUAUGAUGUUUUUGCUGCCUCUCCCACCAGUUGAGUCUGAUUUUCAAUGCACUAUGUAGCAAAAGGAUAGGAUGCUUGAUGUCUUAGUGCACUAACAUUGUUGCCCCUGUAAGUAUUAGAAGAGCGGCACAGCUGAGCAUAGGGUACAACUGUUCUAGGUAGCCUUUAUUGGCCAUGUGAUACCCACAGAAUUGUAUAUUUACCUACUUUUAAAGGAGCCUAGAAGUUCCUAAAACAAAAGCAGUGCUGUAUAGUUGACAAUUAAAUGUUACAGAAGAAAAGUGACAGCCUCUGGCACUUUCCACUGCCAACACUGGUUCUCGAUUGGCUACAUACCGUCUCCUAGCCUUUAGUUAAUUGGCACGUGACUUAUGUGGGCAGUGGAAAGUGAUGGAAGCAAUUUUUGACAGGUAGGUGAAUUUGCAUUACAGUAUAACAUUAAAGCACUAAAGCAACAUUCUGCUUUGUAUUAACGAGCUAUUCUCCUCCUCCAAAACUGUAACUGUAAAUGGAAAUAACAACCAUACCCCUUGGGAUUCUUUCCUGAUAAUGCACCUGCACCAUGUGAGUUUUCCCUUUUAAGGAGGUCUUGUUAACCCUUUAUAAAGCUGCUUCCUGACAGCACAUUGGGUUUUUUUUUAUUUCAGGAUUCUAUUGAAAGUAGCUGAACUUUUUUCAUAACAAAGUUUCUUCAACAUUUGCUUAUAUAUUAACCAAACUAAAUAGCCUUGGGUUGCACUUUGAUUGGCUCUGUCUUGCAUUGUUAAUAAUUCCCUCAUUUCUCCACAAAUGACCUAGGUUUUUGUUUGGAGAGAUUUCUGCUGAAUUUGACUGGUUGCACUGAUCAUAAUGAUUAUUAUUUUUAGUAUCGUUUUCACAGGAUCUUUAUAUUUUAAUCUUUGUGCCUUAACACUUUUACUGAUUUUUGCAUAGGCUUGUACCGUGCCUGUUCUGUAAAACAUUUAAGUGCCAAUAUAGAUUUACAGAAAAGAUGACAUUUUUACAUGUUUUUGCUAACAAUGACAGAUUUGUUUAAUACCAAAUGUUAUAUGUAAUAAAAUGUGGAGUGAUGACUCUCUCCUCUUUUACAUUA